CCGUUAAACACACAUGUAGUGUUCGUCAGCAGCACUGGUGCUGUCACUUUUGCUCACGCAGUUGUUUUUUUUUUCGUGGCGAUAAUUUGUUAAAUUCACAGCCUGCAGGGGGAAACACAAAACAUACAGCAAAUUUUCGCCAGCGUGGGCAGUCGCACCGCUGAGUGCAAAAAAAAAAAAAAGACUACAAACGGCUGAGACAAAAACAACGUUGAGCGUAGCUGUGAAAGUGCCAAGCAUGGCGGAGUAUUGGCAACAACAACAGCAGCAACAGCCACAGCAGCAGCAACAGCAACUCAGCAAUGGGUCAGCAGUGCGCGCUGAUGGAGAAACAGCGUCAACUAGCAAUGGCCAUACCCACAAUAACAACAACUAUGUAAACUUUAAUCAGUUUAUCACGCAACACAAUCUGAACACUGCUAACGGCAUGUUUGGAGUGGCAGCAACCAGCAGCAGCAAUAGCGCUGUUAACUCACCUAGCUAUAAUGGUAGCACAAGCGGCUGUGAUUUUGUAGGCCUGUACUCGCAGUCUUAUUAUGGCAAUCAAGGCGCUGCAGCUGCCAGCGGUAGCACAAGCUACUUAAAUAGCAAUCCUUUUGCUGUAGGAGGCACAGGCUUUGAUUUAAGCGCUUCCAAGCUGCAGGCCACAGCUCCUGAAUUUGUGCCUAAUUUUGCCAAACUCAGUCUGGCGCCCACAACAAGCUCGACCAACAAUAAUAACAACAGUUACACUGCCAUGCAAUCCAAUGGUGAUGCACACAAGCAAUCGCCGCAACAUCAACAGCAGCUGCGUGCACCAAAGCAGCGACAGCAGCGACGCCAGGACUAUCGUGAAGAGCGACAGGAUGAGCGCUAUGAACGCAGUAAAAAGCCCCAGAAGCAACAACGCUAUGAUAAUCAUCGAAGUAACAAACGACGCGAUGACUGGAAUCGCAAUCGUGAUCGUAUUAACGGCUUUGCGCGCACCGCUGAGGAGCUGGACACCAGCAACAGCGCCGACAGUGCUCAACCCUCGCCCGAGAAGCAGCAACAACAACCGAAACAAAUCUCGCCCAGACGUGCGCCGGAGCAUGAAAAGCUGUCACAGCGUGAGAAGCUUAUGCGCGACAUUGAGCAACGUCGCUUGGAAUGUUUGGUGUGCGUGGAGCAGAUAAAGGCGCAUCAUGGCACCUGGUCGUGCCAGAACUGCUACCAUGUGAUGCAUCUCAAGUGCACCAUAACCUGGGCAAGCAGCUCCAAGUCUGCAAACGGUUGGCGCUGUCCCGCCUGCCAAAAUGUGCUGCAGGAUGUGCCACGCGACUAUCUUUGCUUUUGCGGCAAGUUAAGGAAUCCUCCGCUAAAUCGCACGGAAUUGCCACACAGCUGUGGCGAGUUGUGCUGCCGCAUAGAAUUGUGCAGUCAUGCAUGCACGCUCCUGUGCCAUCCAGGCCCGUGCCCGCCGUGUCAGGCGAAUGUAAGUCGCAGCUGUGGCUGUGGACGUACGACAAAGAUGGUGCAGUGCGCCCUUAAGCAGCCGCUGGAGUGCGAAGACACCUGUGACAAGUUGUUGAACUGCGGCGAGCAUCGCUGCAAGCUGCGCUGCCAUCCAGGCAAAUGCGAGCCAUGUGCAGAUCAAGUGCAGCAGCAGUGUCACUGCGGCAAACAGCAGCGUGAGGUGUUGUGCACCAAGGAGAGUCUGGACAAGCGCAACUAUUCUUGCAAGGAAUGCUGUGGCAAGCCGCUGCCUUGCGGCAAUCACAAAUGCAAGGACUCCUGCCAUGCGGGCGCCUGUCGUCCCUGCAAGCUGAGCCCUGCACAAAUCACCAGCUGCCCAUGCGGCAAACUUCCUGUGCCGUUCGAGCAACGCAGCAGCUGUUUGGCCCCGGUACCCACCUGCGAGGGUAUUUGCAGCAAAACGCUGCGCUGCGGCAAAGCGGCACAUCCGCAUCAAUGCGCUAACAAGUGUCACCUGGGCCAAUGUCCGCCCUGUCCCAAGCAAACUGCAGUCAAGUGUCGCUGCGGUCACAUGGAUCAACUCAUCAAAUGCCGUCAGCUCUCCACGCGCGCCGAUGAUGCGCGCUGCAAACGUCGCUGCACUAAGAAACGCAGCUGUGGCAAGCAUAAAUGCAACACGGAAUGCUGCAUUGACAUUGAUCACGCCUGUCCACUUCCAUGCAAUCGCACCUUAAGCUGUGGCAAACAUAAAUGCGAUCAGCCCUGCCAUCGCGGCAAUUGCCCGCCUUGCUAUCGCAGCAGCUUCGAGGAGCUCUUCUGCGAAUGCGGCGCUGAGGUCAUUUAUCCUCCCGUGCCCUGUGGCACCAAACGACCGCUCUGCAAGCGUCCCUGCUCGCGCACACAUGGCUGCGCACAUGCGCCUCAGCAUAACUGCCAUGCCGCAGCCAGCUGUCCGCCCUGCAUGAUCUUUACCACCAAAUGGUGUCACGGCGCGCAUGAACAGCGCAAGACUAUACCCUGCUCCCAAGCCAGCUUCAGUUGCGGUCUUCCGUGUGGCAAGCCCUUGGCCUGUGGACGUCACAAAUGCAUAAAGCCCUGCCACGAGGGCGACUGCCAGCAACCAGGCGAGGUCUGCCGUCAGAGCUGCACACGUGCGCGUCUGCUAUGCGGCCACAAGUGCGCGGCGCCUUGUCACGAGAACGACUGUCCGGAAACGCCUUGCAAGGAGCUUGUCGAGGUGCAAUGCGAUUGCGGCAAUCGUAAGUUGAACCGCAGCUGCCAGGAGCUGGCCCGUGAGCACAGUCGCAUCGCCACUGCCCAGUUGGCCUCAUCCAUGGCGGAAAUGUCGCGUGGUAACUACAUGGAGCUCAGCGAGAUUCUAGCGCCCAACAAGGGCAACAAAGCAAAUAAGUCCUUGGACUGCAAUGAUGAGUGUCGUCUGCUGGAACGCAAUCGCCGCCUGGCCAUCGGUCUGCAGUCGCGUAACGCAGAGCCGCAGCUUAAAUCGCUUACCAGAUACUCGGAGUUUGUGCGUGGCUUUGCAAAACGCAAUUUACCGCUCACCAAGAGCGUUUACGAGACGCUCAGCGAUUUGGUGAAGCUGGCCAAGGAAAGCAAGCAAAAGUCGCGCAGCCAUUCGUUUCCCACUAUGAAUCGCGAAAAGCGUCAAUUGGUACACGAACUAUGCGAGGUCUUUGGGGUCGAGUCUGUCUCCUAUGACAAAGAGCCCAAUCGCAAUGUGGUGGCUACAGCUCACAAGGAACGCUGCUGGCUGCCCGCCACUAGCAUCAUGGAGGUGCUUGCACGUGAAUCCGGACAGCGUCGUGUGCCGGUGCCAAGCAAUAACGCUUGGGGUUUGAAGAAAUAGCAGUUGCCUCGCUAUUUCUAUUUGUUAAUCGUUGCCCUCGCGAAGACAAUACACAAGUACUUUUUGCUAGCAGUUGGGUUUAUAUUUCAUUCGUUUUACCAUGUAGAAACUGAGGGCCGACAGAGAACAUACAUUAGUUAAUCAAUUGAAAAAUACAUGAAAAAAGAAAAGAAAUACAAAAAUAGUAAAUGAUAUUACCAAACUGAAACUUUGGAGGAAACGCUUAAACUGAUACACUAAAUGUGAAGCAAAAAAAA